AUGUCGGAGACGCACUUUGAGGUUAUUGUCCUCGGGACUGGCUUGACGGAAUCCAUUACUGCUGCGGCGCUGUCCAAGGCGGGAUUCAAGGUAGCGCAUCUCGACGAGAACCCUUACUAUGGCGGCGAUGAGGCCAGCUUGACUCUGGACGAGCUCGCUCAGUGGGCCGACGAAAGGACACUUUCAAGCUCUGCGUCCGAGCCGUCACGAUAUGCUGCUGCUCAGAGGGCCAAGUUCCGCUCGGUAUCGCGCUCGGGGUCAGUUCUCCCCAACUCUCGACAAUACUCCCUGUCCCUCUCCCCUUCUGUGAUCCCCUCGAACGGACCCGCAACAUCCUCUCUCAUUGGCUCAGGUGUGUCGCGCUAUGGCGGCUACAAGCUGCUCGAGCGCAUCGCGGUAUUCGACCGCUUGGGCAAAGUGCGAAACGUCCCGGGUAGCAAAGAGGAUGUCUUCAAGAGCAAGGACCUCAGUCUCGUUGAUAAGAGACGACUUAUGCGGUUCCUGAUGUUUGCCUCAGGCGAGUUCGAAGGCAAGCCCGAGCUUGCCGGUAACGAGACUACCCCUUUCCCGGACUUCCUCCGCAACAAGUUCUCGCUAAAGCAGGACGUCAUCGACGCUAUAACCUACGCGCUCGCGUUCUGUACAUCUUCUUUUGAUCCGACACUACCCGCGCUGCACCGUAUCAGACGCUACCUGCUCUCCUCAGGCCGGUACGGUGCGUCCCCCUUCCUCGUAGGGCAAUACGGCGGCGCGGGCGAGAUCGCGCAGGGGUUCUGCCGCGCGUCAGCAGUCCACGGCGGCGUAUAUAUCCUCGGCCGCAAGAUCCUCUCCAUCACCCACAUCGAGUUGUCCUCUCCCCCAGACGGCACCGAGCCCGCGUUCUCCUUGCAGCUCGAUGACCUCGAAGACCGCCUGACAGCCGACCUGAUCAUCUCCUCACCCGACUAUGUAUCCCCGGAGCUGCGUUCCAUCGCUGGUUUGCUCCCUCCCGACACCCUCGACGCCUCUCAAGGGACUUCUUCAGUUGCUCGAUGCAUAGCAAUCUUCGACGGGCCCGUCAUUUUCCCGACAUCUCCUUCGCAACAGACAUUGGCCGGCAGCGAAGACCCUAGUCUGACUUCUGCCGACGCUGAUCUACCUGUGGAGUCGGACGCUGAACCGCAAUCGAAGGUGGACACCGCUGUGCUCGUCUUCCCGCCGGGAUCUCUACCGGGAGCAUCGGCGACUGCGUCCGCGACUGUGCUGUUAACCGGCGAGGGAACCAUGUCCACUCCUGCCGGCAAGUGCAUCGCAUACAUCUCCAUGCCGAUUGACAGCCAAGAUUCGACCCCCUGUUCAGCUGAGACGCUCCUGAAGCCCUACCUACAAGCUACCCUCUCUUCCGUCACCACCAUCUCCACUCCUCCCGAGGCACUGUUCUCGGUCUUCUACACCAUCAACGGUCACCGAGAACUGUACCCUCGACUAUCAACAGCCGACUCUUCUUCACGCGUGCUCGUGACUCCGCCUUCAUCGCCUUUGCUCCCGGAGAGCAUGGAUGAUGCGGCUUGCAAUGCCGAGGCUCUGUUUAGGCAUGCAGUGCACCUGCUGCGUCCGGGGCAAGCGGGUACAGUUGAAGGUCUAUGGCCGCCGUUAGAGAAUCAGGAUGAGGAGGAAGAUAGUUGGUAGCUUGUAGGUAACAAGACUAAAUGUUCCAGUCUGAGAUUGGUUGCAAGAUAGGGUAUAUUGCAGUAGACAUUUGCAUGGUAGGUAGGGAGUCAUUCACUGCUUUACAUUUGUAAUUCAGGAGUAUUAUGAUCAUACAGAUUGAGCAUGAUGGUCAUGAAGGUGUCAU